UGCACGUACCCGCGCGCGGCCAGGGAGCUCUUGCUCAGGGCGCUGCUGUCGUUGGUGCUCUGUACCGCCCCUGCCCGUCGCCCGUGGCUUCGUGGGCCCAUGGCCCGAAGAGACUUGCGAGCAAGAGACCGUCACGGGUGAAGUUGAGUCCAGAGCGACAGAUGUAUGGAAAACAAGCAAUCUGAAUGAAAUUCAAGAACACAAAACUUGCUAAGUGAAAUACAUUGUACUGUCCUUAUCAUGGAUGAGAGUGUUUGAAGAAAAAAAACAUUUAUCCUGCUUAAUCAUGAUGGAAGCAGAAGAGCCACUGCCAUGGGAGACAGACUUUUACUCAGAAUUACCUAAAGUGGAACUUCAUGCUCACUUGAAUGGAUCCAUUAGUUCUAAUUCCAUGAAGAAAUUAAUAGCUAAGAAGCCUGGUCUUAAAAUCCACAAUAAGAUGACUAUAAUCGACAAGGGAAAGAAAAGGACAUUAGAUGAAUGUUUCCAGGUGUUUCAAAUUAUUCAUCAAAUUACAACUAGCCCUGAAGAUAUUCUAAUGAUCACAAAAGAUGUCAUAAGAGAAUUUGCAGAGGAUGGUGUCAAGUAUCUGGAACUAAGGAGCACACCCAGAAAAGAAACGGCUACAGGAAUGACCAAAAGGACUUAUAUAGAAUCUGUACUUGAAGGAAUAAAACAGUCCAAACAAGAAAACCUGGACAUUGAUGUUAGGUAUUUGAUAGCCAUUGACAGAAGAGGGGGCCCUUCCGCAGCCAAGGAGACUGUUAAACUUGCUGAAGAAUUCUUUCUGUCUACUGAGGAUACAGUUCUUGGCCUUGACCUCAGUGGUGACCCUACUGCAGGAGAAGCAAAAGACUUCUUGGAACCUCUUUUGGAAGCUAAAAAAGCAGGUCUAAAGUUGGCAUUGCAUCUUUCAGAGAUUCCAAACCAAACAAAAGAAACACAAGAACUCCUGGAUCUCCUUCCUGACAGAAUUGGGCACGGAACAUUUCUCAAUUCCUCUGGGGGAGGGUCCAUGGACCUGGUGGAUUUUGUGAGGCGACACCAGAUACCACUGGAACUGUGUCUGAGCUCAAACAUCAAAAGUCAGACAGUUCCAUCUUAUGACCAGCAUCAUUUUGGGUUCUGGUACAGCAUCCGCCAUCCUUCUGUGAUUUGUACUGAUGACAAGGGUGUUUUUGCAACAAGCCUUUCUCAAGAGUAUAAGCUGGCAGCUGAAACAUUUAAUUUGACCCAGUCUCAGGUGUGGGAUCUGUCUUACGAAUCCAUCAACUACAUCUUCGCUUCUGACAGCACCAUGUCUGAACUGAGGAAGAAGUGGAAUCAUAUGAAGCCCAAAGUGUUACAUUUUUAAUUCAAUUUAAUUUUUAUUUUA